UGGAUGCUGUUGCCAUGGUAAUAUAAACAACAACUACCAGCAGGUGUAAAGUGCUUGUAAACUUUGUUAUGGAUUUCGAUGGUGAUUUAAAUUUCAAUUUUGGAAAGAAGCUAACAGCCCGCAAAGGUAGAAGGGCUGGCAAUGCCAGCUCACCAAAAGAAGACGCAGCUGCUGAUGGUACCAUAGAUAGUCCUGGAUCUGCACCAGGUUCUGGACUAUCAAGAGGUUCACUGCAGGAACUUGAGGAUGCCUUGCCUGCAGCACCACCGAGAUCUAGACGUUCUGGUGGGUGGGCAGAUGAAGGUGUAAAAUCUGGAAAGAAACGGAGUGCCAGCAACAUAAUUGAGCAGGAACGGUUCAGAAGAACAGAAGAUGUUAAGGAUGAUUCUGAUGAUGAUAUACCAGUAAUACCAGACCUGGAUGACAUACAAGAUGAAGACUUGACAACACAGAUUGCCAGUACUCCAUCGGUCAAUCUGAAUAAAGUAGCAGCAUAUAAGGAGCUUGACUCCGAUCUAUUCAAACAUUCAGCAUUUGGGACUCUUGAUAACAUUAAUUUACAGCUCCUUACAAAAAGCCUUAGACCAGAAAAUGAUGUAAAAGAGAUAGAUGAGCCAUGGAACUGGGAUCUGCUGUUCACCGAUAUAGCAUCAGAGCUUCACAGUGAAUGGGAAAGUACAGAAAACAAGGCAAAGGAAGUGACCUGAAUUUAUAGUCACACAACUAGAUUUUAAAUCAGUUGAGGGUUGCAUCUGUUACUGAUGUAUAAAUACGUAAUUUUUCAGAGACUAGAAUGGUGCACAUAAGCUAAAUUACAGCUGGACACAUUUCAAAAUGUGUGAUAGUAUUUAGGCUUUUCCAAUGAUUACUGCUCUCUCUGUUGUUCACAACUGUUACAUAAAAACAAUAGUUCUUAAGACCCCAUUACUUUUGCUAAGGCCUACACCAACAGGAGCUUGCAAAUAUUUGGCUUAUUUGUUUACAGUUUUAUUUGGAGCCAUCAUUCCUCACCUACAGUCUUUUCUCCUCCUUGAUUUUGAAUUGACAGAUAAGCUAUUAUCUCUAUUGAGCUUUAUGUAGAGUAAUGUACAUUCUUUUACAUUUUCUGAAAAAUAUAUUGAUUUAUAGCAGGUACAUCUAUGUUUGAAGAGAAAUACACUACUUCUCAGCAAAUGUUGUUUUUCUGUAUUUUUUGUUUGUAAUGCAUAAUUUUACAUACAUGGGCAAUGUUAGCAAUGUGGAAAUACACCAUUAUGCAUGCAGACAGAGAUGUUUCAUAUGCUAUUGUGUAUUUAUUUAUUUUAUACAAUAGGACAAUAACUGACUUGAUGGUGCAUCAGUUGUUUUUAUAUGUAAUGUAGAACUACAUUAAUUGCUGGGACAAGAUUGUCACUUCAUUAUUAUUCAUGUUAGUCCCAAGUUAUAUGACUAUUCAAGAAAAGCAUUGUGUAAGUCACCUUUUAAGUGUCUUCUGUCUGGAGGUCAUUUGGCAGAAAAUUAUGUGAAAUAGCUAGUUUGUGAGUAUUUCAAAUGCUUCCUCUGACUGAGAAUCUUGCCAACUGUGUAAUACACUAUGUGAUUUAUUUUCUUAAUACUGAAGGCAUGGAAGCUGCUGAAAUUCAUCAUCAGAUCAGUUGAACUGUAUGCAGAAAAUGUUAUGAGCAAUGGGACAGUAUGGCACUGGCUGAGAACUUUUAAAGAUGGCCAUACAAAUGUGCAUGAUGAGGAACAAAGUGGAUGACCUUCAGUCAUUACUGACAAAUUGAUGAAAAGCAGAGAGAGCAGACACUUCAUGAUUUUGACAUUAUGUGAUGAGUUUCUUCAAGUGUCAAGAAAUGUACCUUAUGCACCUGUUGCCUAAUCAGGCAGCAGAUUUCUAUGAGGAUGGUAUUCAAAAACUUGUUG